AUGGGUUUGAAACUCCACGGCUCCAAGUUUUCGACUUGCACUCAAAGAGUACUCACAGUCUUGGCCGAGAAAGGAGUUACAGACUUCGAGAUUGUCUCAAUCAACUUGCCAGCUGGUGAACACAGACGUGAACCUUUCGUCUCCAUGCAACCAUUUGCCAAGAUUCCAGUUCUCGAAGAUGACGGCUUUUUCGUCUAUGAGAGUCGUGCUAUUUGCAAAUAUAUCGCUGCGAAGUACGCUGACCAGGGGACACAAGUGAUGCCAAGCACAAGUGAUCUGAAGGCAUUUGGGGUUUUCGAACAGGGAUGCUCAAUCGAGCACAGCUAUUUCGAUGGACCAGCUUCAAAGAUUGGAUGGGAGAAGGUGUUCAAGCAACACAAAGGUGCUGGUCCUGCAGAUGAGGCCAAGGUUGCAGAAUACGUCGCCGAUCUCGAGUCUGCAUUUGCCGUGUACGAGAAGAUACUCUCAAAACAGGGAUAUCUUGGAGGAAACGAGGUUACUCUCGCCGAUCUAUUUCACUUGCCCUAUGGCACACUAAUCCAAAGCGUUGGUUUUGGAUCGGUCUUUGAGAAGUAUCCUUCGGUCAAGAAGUGGUUCGACAGCCUUCAGGCUAGGGAGAGCUGGAAGAAAGCUAGUGUACCGGCCGGAGGACCACCGGGAAAACCUCAAGCAAACGGAAAGCCGUGA